GGAACAACAAAAAAAUUUCUUCAGAAAGCUGCUUGCAUUACUCAGCAGUACGAAAAAUAUACAGCAAAAGAUGGCGGCAUCAAAGCAAGUGGUCCCAAAAUGCCAAGGAAAAACAUAGCAGACAAUGGAGGCGUAAAAUUAGCCUAUCUAGCCUAUCAAGAUUUGGUCAAACGUACCGGCCCCGAACCAACAUUGCCUGGCUUAAAUUAUUCCCAAUCACAGCUCUUUUGGAUUCAAGCAGCUAUGAAACAAUGUGCGAAAUACACCCCAGAGUAUGUGAAAGACUUCAAUGCUAAGUACAGUCGUUUCACGGAUGAAUUCGCAACUCCAUCAGAAUUCAGAGCCACUGGUGUAUUUGCUAAUAUGCCAGAAUUUGCAACAGACUUUGGUUGUAAAGCGGGUACAAAAAUGAAUCCAGUCAACAAGUGUUCUGUAUGGUGA